AACGGCACUCGGCGCAUGCGCAGCGCGGUUCGCCCGUCCUGCAACCGCUCGGGUCUUACCGCGCACGCGCUCUAUCCUCACGCACGCGCAGCUCGGCCCGACUUGGCGCAUGCGCAGCGCAGCGCGCGGGCCAAGAUGGCGGCCAGGGGCGCCUCACGCUGGUUCGGGGUCGCCGCCGCCGCCGCCGCCGUGAGGAGCCGCGGGCCGAGGGACGGGCGGCUGCCGCUGGUCUGGAUCGUACGAGGGCUCCGGGAUGUACCCGGCACCGGCAACCGCCGCCUGCUGCAACCGGGAACCGGGACACAGCGCCACGGCCCACACCGCGCUCCUGCCGCCUGGUUCCAUGUCAGCUUGUCCCGCUCCAAGGAGGAUUACUACGAGGUGCUGGGGGUGCCACGCUCUGCCAGCCAGAAGGAGAUCAAGAAGGCGUACUACCAGCUGGCAAAGAAAUACCAUCCUGACACGAACAAGGACGACCCCAAAGCUAAGGAGAAGUUUGCUCAGCUGGCAGAAGCCUACGAGGUCCUGAGUGAUGAAGUGAAGCGGAAGCAAUACGAUGCUUAUGGGACGGCCAGUUUUGAUGCAGGUGCGACUGGUGCUGGUGCUGGGCGCCAGUAUUGGAGCAGUGGUCCAUCGAUUGACCCAGAGGAGCUGUUCAGGAAAAUCUUUGGAGAGUUUUCAGGCUCCUCCUUUGGCGACUUUCAGAAUGUCUUUGACCAGCCGCAGGAGUACAUCAUGGAUCUGACAUUCACACAAGCAGCAAAAGGCGUGAACAAGGAGAUUGUGGUGAACAUCAACGAUGCCUGCGAGCGGUGCAACGGGAAAGGAAACGAACCUGGUACCAAAGUGCAGCGCUGCCACUACUGCAAUGGCACUGGCAUGGAAACAAUAAACACUGGCCCCUUUGUAAUGCGAUCUACGUGCCGAAGAUGUGGAGGUCGUGCUUCCAUCAUAACAACACCAUGUGUGGUAUGUCGAGGAACGGGGCAAACCAAACAGAAGAAGACAGUGAUAGUUCCUGUGCCGGCUGGUGUUGAGGAUGGGCAGACUGUUCGGAUGCCUGUAGGCAAGAAGGAAAUUUUCAUUACCUUCCGGGUUCAAAAAAGCUCAGUGUUCAGAAGAAAUGGAGCAGAUAUCCAUUCAGAGCUCCUUAUUUCGGUAGCACAGGCUGUGCUGGGAGGGACAGCCAGGUGUCAAGGCUUGUAUGAGACAAUCAAUAUCACAAUACCACCUGGUAUUCAGCCAGACCAGAGAAUUCGAAUUAGUGGGAAAGGCAUUCCCAAGGUUAACAGUUACGGCUACGGAGACCACUACAUUCACGUGAAGAUAAAAGUUCCUCAGAGGCUGACGGAUCGCCAGAGAGCCUUAAUGAUGAGCUACGCUGAGGAUGAGACCGAUGUGGAGGGCACAGUGAAUGGAGUCACAAAUACAACAUCAGGGAAACGUUCAACUGGCAACUGAGAGCCAGCAGCAGCACGUCAUCUGAGCAGCUGGGGCUGAAUCCUGGCAGCAGGCAAUGGGGAGUGAAGGAUGUCAGUCAGUAGCACACCGAGAAUCCCAGCUGCAGAGGCCACGCCAACAACCAUCGUGAUACAGAAGCAACCCACUGUCCUAGGAAAUGGUAACGAAGGAAAACGCCAGCUUUGCAGUAAUGGGGAUAUUUCUUGAGGCUGCUCCAUGUCCUCACUGCCGCCAGAAAUGUUUAUUUGUUAAUAAUAGUAAGAAAUUGUUUAGAAUCCAAAGCAGUGGAAAUGUGAACUAAAGAUGGUCCAUCUUAGCACAGAGCAGUUUGCUGUAUGGAGCCUGAGGUUGCUGCUGCCCGCUCAGGUGCCCUUAUGGAUGCUAGAUGUGCUGUGCUGACUUGGCACCGUGUGUUUCUCCUGGGAGGUUUCAUUCAUCAGUGAUUCCUAACGUUGUCUUCAUGCCAUCUCCCUUUUGCUGGGCCUGUGGGAUCCCAGCAGCCCAGGCUUCCUCAGCAGCUCGGGGGCUUCUUAGUCCUGAUUUCCUGCAGUGAUGGAAUCUGCGCUUUGCCUCAGGUGUCCUCCCACACCCACCCCAAUUCACUGAAGUCACAACACAGACAUUAUUGCUGCUGAAGGGGUGGAAGUCAAUCACCAACCUCUCUGCCAGUUUGUCCAAACUACUUUAUUACAUUGGCACGACACCCGUAGCACAAAUGAUUGGUCAGAAAGUCACCGUCCCCACAUGGCUGAGAGCAGAGGGAAGUGGAUCGCUCCUUCCAGGCGGAGCUGAGCUCUUGCAGUAUGUUCCUGGUUAGUGUAGCCUGCUGUGUGCUGUGCUGUGCAGGUUCCAUCAGCCCACAAACUAAUCCAUCAGUUAAACAAGAACGUCGUAGUCUUGCCCUUAAUUUGCUGAAAUAAAGCACGCGUUGCCUCCUGAUUAAACUGUCUGUAAAGUGAUUCUGUAUUCAUGUAAAUAAGAUGGACUUGAUAAAGAUAUUUAACGUGU